AUGCUCCACCAUGCGCGUGAGCAGACAAUCGAGGGCUUCAAGGCUCGAGAGGCGAUGGAGGUCAAGCAAAAGAUGGAAAUCUUGGAUGUGAUAGAGAACUGUCUCGAUGAAGCUGGGAAUCGGGACCUCGACGAUUUGGCUGAAACAGUCGCUGUUCUGGGCACGCUGGGCACGAGCACAGAGGACGUCGGUCAGUCGAUAGUUGAGCUCACCAAAGAAGAAUUUGAAAUCCAGGAGCAGAUACAGAGGGUCGAGAGGUUGCACAACUAUCUCAAGCGGGAACUAGACACUUUACACGAACAACUCCAAGAACUCAAGUCGAAUCCUGCGUACGAGAUUGGCAAUCUUCCUGCGCUUACGGCUGAAUGGACAAGAGGCACCAAGGUACUUAGCGCCAAAGUUAACGAGUAUAAGGACAGAUCAGCAGCAUUGGAGCGCAAUAGCAACAAGGGUGCCACUCUCGAGGAAGUCAUAUUGGAAGAGGAAGAUGUCGGCAGGUUAGUGGACUCGGUCAGGUCAUUAGAAGCUAUGAUCGAGACAUUUCACAAUCUUCCCAAAGACAUAACCGGUGCUCGAGCCGAGUAUAUGAAGCUGGAGGCUGAGUUCAACCGCCUCAUCCAAACGCGCAACUCGAUAUUCGAGAACUUGUCGGACAGACGUUAA